AACUGCUUCAGCCGCAAGCUUUCUUUCUUCCAUUCAUGGCGCGGAAGUUGAAGGAAUAUUUGUUGGCAGCGGUGGUGUUGGUGUUUCUUGGGUCGAGGCGUGAAGCUUUUGUUUCGGUGCCCUCUCUGAGAACCGGAAGAGGUGCCACGGCACCCACUGGGCGCACAUCGCCCAGAUCUGUCGCAGUCCGUGCACAUUGGGGCCUAGGACCACUUGGGCCGGUCGAAAGUGCGGCAGCUUUCCGAAUCUAUUUCCUUCCAUUUGUGGAUCCAUUGGAGAUUGAUGAGACCUUAAUAGAUCAGCUCUUUGGUGGUUGGUUUGGUCCUUUAACUCCGCUGCUGUUGGGUUUGUUGGUUUUCUGGGUCCAAAGCCAAAUCAAUGCCGUGCGUCGUGAACAAGAAGGCCGUGUCAUUGGCUCUGCUGCAAAAGCCGUCGGCGAUGCCGCUGCAAAGACCGCGACUGGUGCAGCUCAAAGCUUGACUGAGCGACUGGGGAAAGUUCCAGCCGAACAAUGGUUCAAGCUCCUCCUUUGUUUGGCUUUGGAUCUUGCAGGUGAUGCCACAUUUUUACUUCCAGGUGCUGGCGAACUGGGAGAUUUGGCCUUUGCUCCCUUUGAAGCAUUAGCUUUGCGGUCAUUGUUUGGUGGAGGCCUUUUGUCAAUUCUGGGCUUUGCUGAGGAGGCUUUACCUUUCACAGAUGCAUUACCCACAGCGACCACUGGUUGGGUCCUUCAAACACUCUUCAGCGACUCUCCCCUGGCGCAACUUCUGGGCAUUCAGCCACUUGAGAUGGACACGCCGAACACGAAGAAACCCGAGAGAGACCAGAAAUGACAUUCAUAGCCUCAAUCACGCGGCAAGAUGGCAGACAUUUACCGAAUCUGUUCCCAACCGUCAAUCCAAGCACCGCAUGGGAA